AUGUCCGUCCGCAAGGGCCGAGGCUCACAGGUAUUCACUCAGGAGAUGGCCUGCGCUCUGGUGGAAAUGUAUUCGGCCAAAAAAAGAGGUGAGCCCACUUCUUGCCGGAGGGCAUUCGGGUGUUACUGGGGGCGGCGGAGGAGUGAAAUUGCAAACUGGAAAUAAAAAAAAUGAGCGACUUUUAAGAAAGGUCACCGAAAACGAGAUUGCGGAGUUUCCCUGCUUUGUUUUUAUUGCGCAAGAAAAUUUAGAGGUUUUGGAAGGCUCUUACCAACUAUGUACGUAUGUUUUGUGGCUGUAGAGCCAAAACCAGACUUCUCAAUUAAUUAAGCAAUAAAAAUAAACAAAUCGAAUAUUCAAAUUCAAUUUUUUUCAGAGUACCCUGGUGGAGGGUAUUCGUUGCCUCCGGAAGGCUUCGAAGCCAUUGUUUUGGAACUUCGCGAGAAAUUUAAUGUCGGUCCAAACGAAAUUGAUCAACAAACCCUCAAGAAGAAGUUGUCCAAUAUACGGACGAGGGUUAGGAAUCGAUGUAAAGACAUUCCGUAAGUUUUCAAAACAAUAGAAAUUAUUUUAACCUACAAAGUACAAAGAAUUUUUCAAAAUUAAUUUAUGCAAUUCCAGUGCCGAUGCUGAUCUCACAACUUUAAAUUUAACCCCCUCAGAACAGAUUUAUUUCCGAUAUUUCGGAUGUCCAAAUGCGUUGGAUAAUAAUAACCGAUCUGGAGAUGGAGAAGGAGUCAGCCCAGUGCCGAAUGGACUGGAGGAUCAUCGGCCCGUAAAUGGGAUUCAAAAUGAUGUAAGUUUUGGUUUAAAGUCUGAACAAGGCAAAGAUACGUUCGUUUUAAAUUGUUUUUAUUACAUCCGCUUUUCAGUUCUCCACCCCCAACGAUCUUCCUCGAGACGCCUCGAUCAUGUUGAUGAGGCAUUACGGAGAACAUCUACAUCUCUUCACCGAGCAAUCCAUCCAAAUCAAAGACAUUGAUCGCCAACGAGACCAGCUCUUCCACAGUCUGGCCGAACUCUUGGCCCGCGAUUUCAAAAUCCAAUGGUCGACGACUCAAGUUCAAGACAAAAUUGAUGAAGUUGCGCGGAGUUUGGGAAGGAAGAUCGAGGAUUGUCGGCGGAUGGCCCCAGGCGCCGCAGAUAAUAGCAACUUAAUACUAAGGCCGCCGGAUCUAACACCCGCUGAAGCAGAAUUAUUUGAUGCACAAUAUCAGGAGCGGAGUCCGCCUAAGGAGAUUCCACCAAGCAGCUCGGCUGGCACCUUGCAUAUCCCGGCCUCGGUGGCCACUGAUCAUCAGGCAAGUGUUUCUGGUAUAAUAAUUUGAUCAUAGGGCAAAGCAUGCGAUUACAAAAAAAAACAGAAAUUUGGAAUUACAUGAAAAAAAAAUUUUUUUUUCAUUUUUCUAGAUUUAUUCCGUCAUGAUGACGUAUUUUUUAAAACUUAAUUUUUUUAUCUUUUUUGAAUUCAACUUUGAACGAUAAAAUUUACUGUAAAAUGACCCCCAAAUUACUGUAGCCUGUUUUUUAUGCCAAUCAAAAUACCACAUUCAAUCUUCCUUCGCCCAUCUUAUCGCGCACCUUUCAGAACCUAAUGUCGGUUGGCAAUGAUUUCUACCAAAUCAUCGUCCCCUCCAACGGAAUCCCGCCCGAAGCCAGUCUUCCCAACCCCCUUCUCUACAAUGGCAUCAACACAGCCACUGCUGCCCCGCUUCAUGUGUCGCACGAAGUCACAAUUCCCCAUAAUUUAUCGCAGAAAGCCAAAUUAUCGCCAAAACGGCCGCCCUCCAAGCCGCAGAAACGGCCGAAUUCGGAUGCCGAAACCGCGCAGCUGAGUGAUGGGAGUUCGAAAAGAUCGAGGCCGAUAACGGAUGCCGAGAUUUUGAUGCUGGAAAAGCAGAGGACGUUGCUGGCGGAGAGAACUCUGGCUGAAGAGAGUCUCGUUUUGGUCAGAAAGCAGUUGGGGUUGUUGGAAAGACAGGAGGAAUAUUACAGAGUAAGUGGAGGCCUUCUCUAGAUCAUUAGAACUAUUUUUUAGCCAAGCUUGGAAAAGAUUUAAAUUUCCAAUUUUUUUUAUUAAACAAAUUAAUUAUUUCUUCUAUAUUUUUUAUGCAAAAAAAUAAUUAUAAUGAAUAAUUGACCUUUUCAGACCUGGACGGAGAUCGGCAAAUGCCUUCGGGGCUUCCUACGGAUAUAA